AUGCCACCCCUAAACCCGCUAUUCCCCCGCCAAGCACAAAGACCAUCGUUCAGUCCUGAUAUAUUGGCCGGCUACGACCUCAGCGACAACUCCACGCAAAAGCCGACGAUAUGGCAGGUCAACCUGGUUUUGAUCGUGCUUGUGGGUGUGGUUGUCUCUCUCCGCAUCGUCUGCCGUGCGUACAUCACCCGCCGUUUGUUUGUCGAUGACUUUUUCAUCAUCCUGGCCGGGCUGUUCACGCUGGUCUCGGCGUCCAUGGCCCUCGCAGCCACACGAUAUGGACUGGGGGAACAUAUCUGGAACUUGCCAAUGCCGGUGGAGAACAUGUUGGAUAUGUUGAGGCGGUGCGUAAAGCAUAUGUACGUCGCCCACGUUUUCUAUGCGGCAGCUGGCGCCUUUACCAAGCUGUCCAUCCUGACGUCGUACUUGAGGAUCUUUUCCGGACAAGUCUUGAGGUGGAUCUUGUACGGCACGGCUGUUGUGGUGACGGCCAUGGGGGUUUGCGCCGUUUUGGCGACCAUCUUUCAGUGUACACCGGUGAAGGCGGCGUGGGAUUAUACCAUUGCUGGUAGCAAGUGUAUUCCCUUUGUGGACUUUUUGUAUGCGAAUGCCGGGGUCAAUGUGGCCAUUGACUUUGUGCUAGUUGCGGCGCCGUUGCCGUAUUUUUGGAGUCUGAGCAUUCCGUUGAGGCAGAGGUUGAUGAUUUGUGUGUUGUUUGGGGUUGGCUUUAUUGCCUUUGCCUCUAGCAUCAUCCGAAUCGUGUCGUUGGGUGAUGUCAAGGGUAUUGACGUGACUUACUACCUCGUGUCUCCCCUCAACUGGACCAUCAUCGAGUGCUCACUGGGCAUCAUCUGUGUGUCCAUUCCUCCGCUGCGUCCUCUCCUGGCCAAACUUGCCCCGCCAUGCUUCAGCAGUUAUAUCUCAGAAGGUGACCAGAUUUCGAAGGUGUAUCCAGGCUCCCAACAACGGACUCAGCAGCAAGGGGAAGUCCAUGGAGUGAUGGGGUUGCAAUUGGAGGAAAUUGAGAUGGCGGCGAGGAGGGAAAGAGAAAUGCAGAGCUCGACGGGAGAGCUUCUGGCGUCUGUGAAUGAUCAUCAGACGUGUUUUGUAUAG